AGCGUGCAUAAUUAUUAACAACUCAUUGGAAUUGUUCAUGGCUCAAGUACCUCCAGCACCAUGGUCCAGAUGGGAUAUGCCGGGUUAUCAAUAUGUGUCAUAUAAGACCAAGCUACCAUUUCCGUUACAAUACGACACUGGAUUUGAAAAUUCUGGAUCACAGUUUGGAAAUGCAACACGACAAAGGCUGGUAGGAGCUGGUAGACUCCUUGAUCAAAGGACGAAUCCAAAUGAUGCAAAUUUCGUUGACUGUAUAUAUGGAAUAGAAAAUUCUCUAGUCCGUGUCAUCCAACGGUGUCUCGCAAGUGUUGGGUGUUGUGAAACAUCGUGCUGCAAAAAUCGCUCAUGGCAGGAAAAGUACGCUUGGGCGAUUGCACUCCUUACUAUAUUUUGCGCUCUUGUACUUCUCUCCUUGUUCGUGACAUUAUUUUGCUGGUUGUAUAACCGAGCCAGAGACAAGAAUCAGAAACGAUUCAUUAGUCAAUCAAUGGGUGGAAUUAGUCCAGCGAUAUCACAGACAAAUCUAGCUACAAUCGAAAAUCGAAAUGAAAGUGGCUAUUAUCCGUACGUCUGUGGACCCAAUCAGUACUGAUACUUGGAAAACUCCUUUAAUCGCGGGAGCAGCACAAGGAUCCGUAUUGAAAAUCAACCUUUUCA